CGAGUGAGUGCAAAGGGGCAGGACUUUUUCUCUCUCCUCUAUUAAGAGGAAACUUUUGUGUUUUGUUCUCCAAGUUCAGCUCGGUCCUCCAAGCCGUGUUCUCCGCUGCGCUUUUCUUCAAUCUUCGCUCUUUUCUUCCAUUCCCUCCUAUGCCUUCAUUUUUCAGCGUUUUUUUCUCACUUUUCAUUGCAAUUCUGGAUAUCGAGAUCAUGCGCAUUCAAACGGGACCUGUUCUGAAAAUUGUUUGUUCUUCGUUUCCAUUACUGUUUUAGUUGGAAUAUAAAUGUUUCGCCGUGCACUACUUGUUUUGGGGUAAAGAUGACCCGUGUCUUUUGCGCUUUUGCUGGAGUCAUGAUGGUGUUUCGCAUUAUUUUGCUGUGCAUCAUGGAGUUGCAUGCUGGCUGCGAUGCCGUGCUCGCCGCCGGUCUCACCACUUUCAGGGCUUUCGCUCCACCUGCACAAGAGGGUGUUGUGCGGACCGUCGAUCGGAUUUACCAUGGUGGUGGGAAGGUUGGUUACCUACUCUACAUGGAUGGGAGAAAGUUUCAGUUAGAUAUGGAGAGGGAUGAGUCAAUUUUGUCACAUCACUUCAGUCCGAAAUAUGUGAUGGCCCUGAUGGGGGCGGGAGAAGGCGCCGCGCCUCUGCACCGGGAGUGUGUUUACCGGGGAACCGUGGACUCCAACCCCGAAUCCCUGGCGGUUUUCAGCCUCUGUGGUGGGGGUCUAGAGGGAUUUUUCGCUUUGAAACACGCACGCUACACAAUCACACUUCUCAUCCGAACCAAUGGACACGAUAACGACGUGCGUUCGCUGGAUGACAAGGAUGCGAAGAGCGCGCUCCACUACUUCACGCGGGAGCGCUUCAGCUUCGAAGCCAUGCCUGUGAGCGAGAGCUGUGGGACCAAGGAAGGGCGCGGGCGCAUGGAUGCAUCGAGGAAACACUGGCGUAAGGGUCGAGGGAAGGGGAAACGCGACCGGCAUGGUGUCACCCUGGACAGGGGCGAGGAGCGCAGCAGAGCGCACGGGGGAAGAUGGUGGACGCAGUUGUCCAAACCUGCCUCUCCACCCUCACUGGGAAGUCGGCGCAAGAGGUCGGUUUCGCGCGCCAGGCACGUAGAGCUCCUGCUGGUCGCAGAUGAGUCCAUGUCCAAGAAGUACGGCAAGGACCUGCACCACUACCUGCUCACGCUGGCCUCCAUCGCUUCCAAGUUGUACGGCCAUGUCAGCAUCGAGAACCCCAUCCGUCUGUCCGUUGUGAAGGUGACCAUGGUCACGGAGAAGGAGAAGGGGCUGGAUGUGUCCAAGAACGCAGCCGCCACGCUCAAGAGCUUCUGCAAGUGGCAGAACCAGCAGAACCCACUGGACGACGACAACCAGCACCACCACGACGCCGCCAUCCUCUUCACCAGGCAGGACCUGUGUGGGCACCACUCGUGUGACACACUGGGCAUGGCUGACGUUGGCACCAUCUGUUCACCAGAGAGGAGCUGUGCCGUCAUAGAGGACGACGGACUCCAUGCCGCCUUCACCGUGGCACACGAGAUAGGUCACUUGCUGGGCCUGUCUCACGACGACUCCAAGUUCUGCGAAGAGCGUUUCGGCGCCAGCGCGGACAAGCGUCUCAUGUCGUCCAUCCUGACCUCCAUCGACGCCUCCAAACCCUGGAGCCGCUGCACCUCAGCUACCAUCACGGACUUCUUUGACGAUGGCAACGCCGAGUGUCUCCUGGACCCCCCCCGCCAGCCCCUGCUCGGCUCAGAGGAGCUGCCCGGCCAGAGCUACGACGCCGUGCGCCAAUGCCGCCUGGCGUUUGGACCCGAGUACACGGUCUGCCCGGGCAUGGACGUGUGCGCCCGCCUAUGGUGCGCAGUGAUACGCCAGGGGCAGAUGGUGUGCCUGACCAAGAAGCUGCCCGCCGUGGAGGGCACGCCGUGUGGCAAGGGUCGCAUCUGCCUCCAGGGAAAGUGUGUGGACAAGACCCGCAAGAGACACUACUCGGCAUCUAACCAUGGUAGUUGGAGUUCAUGGGGUCCGUGGGGGGCAUGUUCGAGGACGUGUGGUGGAGGGGUGCAGUUCGCCCAGCGUCUGUGUAACAACCCGCCGCCCCGAAACAAUGGGCGCUACUGCACCGGCAAGAGGGCCAUCUACAAGUCCUGCAGCGUCACCCCGUGCCCCUCGCCCAGUAAGAGUUUCCGCCAGGAGCAGUGUGAGUUGCGGAACGGCCCCCAGACAGACCCUAAGGGGGUGAAGACCUUUGUGGAGUGGGUACCCAAGUUCGCAGGGGUGCUACCUAAAGAUGUGUGCAAGCUGACCUGCCGGGCCAAGGGCACAGGCUACUAUGUGGUGUUCUCGCAGAGGGUGGCGGACGGGACAGAAUGUCGGCCGUACAGCAGCUCAGUGUGUGUGAAGGGCAAGUGUGUGCGUACCGGCUGUGACGGCAUCAUCGGUUCCAAGCUGCAGUUUGACAAGUGUGGCAUCUGUGGAGGGGACAGCACCGGCUGCAUCCGGGUGAUAGGGAACUACACCAAGAAGAGUAAGGGCUACACAGACGUCGUGAAGAUCCCAGCGGGCUCCACCCACAUCAAGGUCCGCCAGCACAAGCCCAAGGACCAGCCCCGCUACACAGCCUACCUGGCCCUGCGUCGUCCCAGUGGCGACUACCUUCUCAACGGCAAGUUCAUGAUCUCUACCUCAGAGACGGUCAUCCCCCUCAACGGCUCGGUGCUCAACUACAGUGGCUGGAGCCAGCGGGACGAGUGGCUACACAGCAUGGGCCCUGGGGCCCUCAGAGAGGCCCUUACAGUUCAGAUUCUGGCCACGGACGCCAAGAGGCCCCUGGAUAUCCGCUACAGCUUCUUCAUGCCCCGUCGUGUUUCGGCUCCACCGCCACCACCUCCCCCGCACACCUCCACAACUACACCCACCACUACUACUACAACAACCACCUCUACUAGAUCAAGCAGUAGAACCAUAUCGGCCCCGUUUUUGGCCCUGGCUCUCUCUACAGCCCCAGGGGUGUCAACGGCGGCGGCCUCUGGGCCCCAGUGGGUGACUGGCCCCUGGAUGAUCUGCUCCAGGACUUGUGACACAGGCUGGCAGAGCCGCACGGUGCAGUGCAAGGACCCGCAGGCCAAGCUGGCCAAGGGCUGCCCUCUGGGCGACCGCCUCUCCGCCUUCAAACAAUGCCUGGUGAAAAAGUGUUGAGAGCACCAGAAACUAGACUCCCCUGAAAGUAGGGGGUACACACAGACAGAGAGACUGGCUAUUGAUAGUCAACCCCUCCUCUUCCUUACCCCCUC